CCCUGAUUUUGACACUUGAAUUUCUUAGGGGAGUUCAUUUUGCGCUGGUCCAUCAGUAAGUGGACAAGUGGUAAAUCGAGAUAAAGUGCUUUCAAAUGUAUUCCUUACUUCAUAAAGAAGAAAAUGCUCACGAAGAAAGCAUCUGGUCAUGUUCUUGGGGUAGAGUUGCUUUGACAGUAGAAAACGAAGACAAAUUGGACGCUGAUGAAAAUGAUUCCCGUGAUUCAGUUGGAAAUAAGAAAGGUGAGGAAUAUCGCGAUUUCAUUGUAACCGGUGGCCUCGAUGACCGCGUCAAAGUAUGGGACGUAAAAGAUAACAAACUGAAACUACGGAACACGUUUACCGGCCAUUCACUUGGCGUUGUAUCAGUGGAUGUUAGUAGUAGUGGAGAAGUGAUUGCCAGUAGCUCUCUGGAUUCUGGUUUAUGCAUUUGGAAAGCAGAUUCAGGUCAAUUGCUGAAUCAGAUUUCCCUCGGACCUGUGGACUUGUGGACCGUCGCUUUUUCUCCUUGUGACAAAUACAUUAUUUCCGGUUCUCAUGAGGGUAAAAUCUCCUUAUAUAGUGUCGAGAACGGAAAACCGGAACAAGUGUUGGAUCCUCAAAAUGGAAAAUUUACACUGAGCAUUGCUUACAGUCCAGAUGGUAAAUAUAUAGCCAGUGGUGCAAUCGAUGGAAUAAUUAAUAUUUUUGACGUAGCUGCUGGUAAAGUCGCCCAAACACUCGAAGGACACGCAAUGUCUGUUCGUAGCCUUUGUUUUUCCCCAGACUCCCAGAUGCUGCUAACUGCUUCGGAUGACGGACAUAUGAAGCUUUACGAUGUAGCACAUUCUGACGUUGUAGGUACUUUGUCUGGUCAUUCAUCGUGGGUUCUUUCUGUAUCGUUCUCUGGAGAUGGAAAAAACUUUACAUCCUCGUCCAGCGAUAAGACCGUGAAAAUCUGGAAUGUAGCUGAGCGCCAAUGUUUACACACUUUCGAUGAUCACCAGGAUCAAGUAUGGGGCGUGAGAUAUAGUCUGGACAGUUCAAAGGUCAUAUCGGUUUCAGAAGACAAAUGUGUGAAUUUGUACGAUUGUCCUCCAAACAUAAUCUAAACUGAUGAAAGAAAUAAAAAUGCAGUUUCAUCCUUUUUAA